AUGAGUGCCAUUGCUAAGAAAAGAAACAUUGACGUUAAGAUAAACGGUGUCACGUGUACGAUGGACUGGGAUCCGGGCGCGUCAGUUUCCAUUAUAAGUACAGAUUUUUGGAAACAGAUCGGAUCACCAACGCUUAAAGGGAAGCCAAAACUACGGGCUUAUGGCAAUUUCGAUUUACCUUGCCAAGGGGAAACUACAGUGACAGUGACGCUGAACAAGGGAACGCGAUAUUUGAAAGUAGUCGUGGUGGACAACGCGAAUCCAAUGUUAUUUGGCUUAGAGUGGAAUGAAGCCUUCAAUUUGCCACUGCCCGAACCAGUGUACAACGUAGAUCGUGUCAACAACCACGUGCAGCCGACAACGAAACCACUGCAUCAGAAGUUAAAUGACAUAUUGGAAGAGAACAAGCAGCUAUUCGAAGAAGGACUGGGAAAAAUAAAUAACUACCAAGUUAAAAUUCACGUAAAGGAAACAGCAACACCAAUACAUAUUCCAGCCAGGCCAGUCCGAUUCGGAAUUCAAAAAAGCGUGGAAUUCGAACUUGAAAGGUUACAGCAGCUUGGAAUAAUCUCACCUGUUGACCCCAACGAAACACCGAUCGAAUGGGCAACACCCACUGUCAACGUGGUUAAACGGAACGGAAAUAUACGUAUUUGUAGUGAUUUUCGUGUUACACUGAAUCCAGCACUAGUAACAAUACGACAUCCAGUACCAACAUUCGAAAACAUCCGUCAGCAGCUUGCCAAGGGUGAGAAGUACACGAAAUUAGAUCUACGCGAUGCCUAUCUACAAUUCGAGAUUAGUCCAGAGUCAAGAAAAUACCUAAUCAUAUCCACACACAAAGGGUAUUUUCAGUAUAACCGUAUGACUCCUGGUAUAUCGAGUGCACCCGGAACAUUUCAAAAUUAUAUGGAAAAUCUACUUGCUGGCAUACCCAACGUUGCAAUCUAUUUCGACGACAUAGGCAUUACAGGUCCAGAUGAAGAUAGCCAUCUAAGAUCAUUAAGAGAAGUUUUUAAACGUCUGCGUGAAGCUGGUUUUCGUAUCGAAAAGAACAAAUGUAGCUUUUUUCAAGACAGUAUCGACUAUUUGGGCCAUCAAUUCAACCGAAAAGGGAUCUAUCCAGUGGAAGACAAGCUGAUAGCAAUAAAAAAUGCUGCAAUACCCACUAACAAGAAGGAGUUACGAUCCUUUCUGGGAUUGGUCAAUUUUUACGAAAAAUUCAUACCCAACUUAUGA